AAAAAAAAAUGGCAGAAGUUUCAUCCGCUAAGAGCAGUCUUAGGUUAGCCGGCAAAGUAGCCAUCAUUACCGGAGGUGCCAGCGGCAUUGGCAAAGAGACAGUGCAUCUCUUUGCAGAACAAGGUGCACGCAUGGUGGUGAUCGCCGAUAUCCAAGAUGAGUUGGGCAAACAAGUAGCAGAAUCCAUUGGCACUGAUAGGUGUGCCUACAUUCAUUGCGACGUGGUAGACGAAGUUCAAGUCAAAAAUCUCAUCCAAUCAACCGUCGAUACUUAUGGACAGGUAGAUAUUAUGUUCAGCAAUGCUGGAAUUGCAAGUCCUAGUGACCAGACUGUGUUGGAAUUUGACAUUUCUCAAGCUGACCAUUUGUUCUCGGUUAAUGUCCGAGGAAUGGCAUUGUGCGUGAAACACGCAGCGCGUGCGAUGGUGGAGGGGCAAGUGAGGGGUAGCAUUGUCUGCACGGCGAGUGUUGCCGGUAGUCACGGUAGUUUGAAGAUGACAGAUUACGUAAUGUCGAAGCACGCGAUAUUAGGGUUAAUGCGUUCAGCAAGUAAACAACUUGCAACACAUGGGAUAAGGGUGAAUUGUGUUUCACCAAAUGGAUUAGCAACACCAUUGACUUGUAAAUUGCUAGAUGCGGGUCCAGAAACAGUUGAUUUGAUUUUUUCAGAAUAUAAAAGGUUGGAAGGAGUGAUUCUCAAUACUAAACAUGUUGCAGAUGCUGUUUUGUUCCUUGCGUCUAAUGACUCUGACUUUGUCACUGGACUUGAUCUUCAUGUGGAUGGUUAUUAUGUUUCUGGAAAAUCUGAACUAGUAUUUUAAGGGAGUGUUAGAGGUGUAAGGAAUCCGUGUGAAAUAAAUA